UAUUUACAUUUUACUGUAGAAAAACCGUUAAACCGGCCGCCAAGCAGCUCUCCUAUCAUCAUCUCCGAAAAUAGUGAACAGCUUGGGUCAACCUCGACCGCUUUUCGUGUAAUUCGCGUUUUCUGUGACAGUGCUCCAAGUGUUCCAGCCGUGCAUCGCUCACCAUGUCCUCCAAAUCGAAAAAGAGCUCCACGCCGGCCUCGCAGACGCUGCCGACGCGGCCAUCGAGUCCCUUGAGCCCCACGCGCCACUCCCGCAUGCAGGAGAAGGCCGACCUGCAGAACCUCAACGACAGGUUGGCAUGCUACAUAGACAGAGUCCGGUACCUGGAGGGCGAAAACGGCCGCCUCACCCGGGAAGUGCAGAAGACGCACGAGACCGUCACCAGACAGGUGACGGACAUCAAAGCUAUGUACGACAACGAGCUCUCGGAAGCCAGGAAACUGCUGGACGAAACCUUCCGGGAGAAAGCCAAACUCGAAAUCGACACCAAGAGGCUCUGGGAUGAGAACGAAGAACUCAAAGGCGACCUGGCCCAAAAGAGCAAGGCGCUCGUACUCGCGGAGAACUCGGCCAGAGUCUGGGAGACCAGAUGUAGCGAGCUCCAAAUGAAGUACAACCAAGCCAACGCUGAUGCCAAAAAGGCCAUCAAUGAUAUGAAAGACUUGGAAAAGGAGAGAGACAAGUUGCGAAAGCAGUGUGAGGAGUUGAGGAAGCAGCUAGAAGAAGAGUCUCUGGCGAGGGUGGAUGUGGAGAACCACAAUCAGACCUUGAGGGAGGAGUUGUCGUUCAAAGAUCAGGUCUACCAGAAAGAACUCGUCGACACCCGAACCCGCCGCCAAGUCGAAAUCAGCGAAAUCGACGGUCGCCUGGCCGAAAAGUACGAAGCUAAACUCCAGGAAGCCCUCCAGGAACUCCGCGACCAAUAUGAAGGCCAAAUGGCCAACAACCGCCAAGAGAUCGAACUCCUCUACGAGAACAAGAUCAAGAACAUCCAAGCGGCGGCCAACCGCCACUCGUCGGCAGCCGGCAACGCCCUCGACGAACUCCGUCAAGUCCGAACCCGCAUCGACACCCUAAGCUCCCGAAUUUCCGAACUAGAGGGCGAGAACUCCGGUCUCCAGAUGCGCUGCAGAGACCUAGAGAAACUGCUCGAGAACGAGCGCAUGCGCCACGCCGAAGACUUAGCAGCUCUCGAGAACGACCUGGCUCGCCUGCGCGAAGAAAUGGCCAACCAGCUGCAAGAAUACCAAGACCUGAUGGACAUCAAAGUGUCCCUCGACACCGAGAUCGCCGCCUACAGGAAGCUGCUGGAGUCGGAAGAGGCCAGACUCAACAUCACGCCCCACGGUUCGCCGGAGACUUCGCAGCACGUCGGGCGGGCGGGCUCCCAGAGACGGACUCCGGUCAGAGCUGGCGCUAAGCGCAAGCGCACUCUGUUGGAGGAGUCGCACGAGCAGAGUUUGUCGGACUUCAGCGUCAACAGUUCCUCCAAGGGGGAGAUCGAGGUCGCCGAGGCCGACUCCGAGGGCAAGUUCGUCAAGCUCCACAAUAAGACCAACCAGGAGGUGUCUCUGGGCGGGUGGACCGUCGUGAGGAAGGCCGGCGAUAACGAGACCCUCUUCAAGUUCCAUCGUUCGCUCAAGAUCGAGCCGAACGGCCACGUGACGGUGUGGUCUUCCGACCAGAAUAAGGAGCACGACCCUCCGACGAACGUGGUGAUGAAGGGCCAGAAGUGGAUGGUUGCCGACAACAUGACCACCACCGUGUUCAAUAAUAACGGGGACGAAGUGGCGGUGUCUGAAAGAGUAAAAAGGCAGCUGUCGAGCUCACUUUUAAGGCACAGAGAAAUGGCGGGCGGCUUUUUGGGGUCCGAGGAGCUCCACCACCAAUACGGCGACCCACAAGGGGAAGAGAAGUGCCGAAUCAUGUAAAGUUAAAGUAAAUAUCAAAUGUACCUACCUAGCAUUCAGAUGAACGAAGCCGUGUUUGUUUUGCUGUGCGGCAAUUUGUUCCUUCCUCUUGAAGCCUAACAAACACGGUUCUCCGUACUUACGCCCUUUUUCCUCAUCAGAUUGGAUUUUUUCGUCGAAACGAAAAAGUUGGAUUUGGUAGUUUUGAGAUUUUUAUUUGACGGGGGGUGUUGUGGCGGUCAAAUGAACGUGUCGACGGAAGGGGGAUUAAGGAGCGAAAUGAGUGUUUUAUUUUGUUCACUAAAAGAGAAACUGUCUUCAAAUAUUUCGAUUAUGUUUUGUUAAGAGAGAACUUUUUGUAUAAUGAGACUUUUUAUAUAUUUUUAAUUUAUAUAAGUAUUAGAGAUUUUUAAGAUUUCUUCAAGUUUCUAUUUUCAUGAAGUUUGGAGGAGUUAGAAACGAACUUAAAGUAGUCAUUUUUCUUUUAUAUUAAAACAAUAGCAUUUUUUAUACCAAGGAAUUGUAAUUCCAGGUUUAGAUGUAAGUAAAUAGUAAAAAAUUUUUGUAUUUCUUCUGUGUUCAAAUAAAUUUCUUUAAUCUAGGUUGUUUUUUUAUUUUGAUUUAGAAUUUCUUGUGCCUUACUGUAUCGUUUCUAGUACUACUAUGUAAGUAAUGUGCAUGUUUUAAGCUUUAAGGUCAGCAAUUAAAGUACUGUAGGUAUCUAAAAAUCCAUGUUUUCACAAUUUUAAAAACGAAAUAAAAUAUAUUUUCACCAA